GCUUGACACCUGCCUGAGAUUUGCUUGUUGCAGCAAGACACAUGCAGCAGAUCCCCCACAGAAGCUCCAUCGUAGGCACCCAGAUUGACGGGCGGACUUUGGUGAGAACCAUUUGGCUGGGGAUCUGGCCCACUAUGUAGCCAAUGUUGAACAACGUGCUGCUGGCCAUGUUAUACUGGUUACCAUGGAAAUGGUAGUCCUCCUUCAUGCCUGAGGCAUAUGCGUUGGAGAGGUUGGUCUGAUCUAAAGUUUUUAGGAAAUACCCCACGCAAGCGUACGUCAGGAUCCAGAAGUCGAUCUUGAAGUACAUGUAUCUCUCCUUGGGAGGUUUGUCGAGGGUAUCCCAUAGCUUACCCUUGUGGCGAUGCCAAGACGCAGAAACAGACAUGGUGGAGGGCUGGAGAAAGGAUAUGGGUGUUGUUAUAUAGGAACUUUUUUCAAGUGGCUACCAUCCACGCAAAUUUCGAACAAUUGGACAUGCAGGAAGCCUCAAUUCUGAUACAAAUUUGAAAGGACGAUCAGGAGAUGCAAAAUGGGUAAAAUCACCCGCGCGCGGGCAAGCCAGCAACUCUAGGGAGGAGUGAAGCACAUUUCACGGUGUCUCUGAACUUCUCCUGGGGCAUCUUGGGCAUAAGCUAUCUAGUUGGACCCAAUCAGCCAUUAUCGAAGCCACAUUCCACAACGGAGUUUUCCUGCAGCAAAACUCCGCCCAUAAAAAAAGCACGAGACAGCUUCUUCUCUUUCCCCAGACAUGCUUUCCGAAGAAGAAGCCCGCCAACUUUACAGCGAGUCCAUCCACAUCGACUCACUUAACAUUUGCAAUUGGGGACCAGAGAUUUUCCAGGCUUGGCGCAAGGGUGGCAUCACCACCGUCUCGUGCACCUGUGGCCUUUGGGAGGACUUCAAAGGCACCAUUGCCAAUAUAGUUCAGUGGAAAAAAUGGUACGAGGAGUACAGUGACCUAAUCAUGGAGAUCGCCAGUAUUGAAGACGUCUACACUGCCAAAAAGCUCAACAAGACAGGUGUCAUCCUAAAUUUCCAAAACACCUCCGGCAUUGAGGACCAACUGGACUACCUGCGUGUGUUCCGCGAUCUCAAUGUCCGCCAGAUGCAGCUCACUUACAACACGCAGAAUUACUCCGGUGCGGGAUACACCGAGUUGCACGACUCCGGGUUGACCGGUUUUGGCAGAGAAGUGGUGGACCACAUGGCAGAUCUGGGGAUCGUGUGCGAUUUAUCGCACGUCGGGCCACAGACGACGAAAGACACGAUCGAGUACGCGCGCAAGCCGCCGUGCUUCUCGCAUGUGUUGCCUUCCGGGAUGAAAGAGUCUGGUCGCAACAAGAGCGAUGAGGAGAUCCGCGCGCUGGGGGCCAAGGGCGGGAUGGUUGCGGCUUCCAAUUUCGGCCCCCACAUGAAGAUGGGCAACGACAGUAAAAUCGACGAUUACGUGGAGGUGUUGGAAUAUCUCAUUGACCUUGUGGGGGAAGAUCUUGUUGGGAUCGGGUCCGACGCGUCGGAGGGCCACGCCCGGCCGUCGCCAUUCCUGGAGUGGUGCAACCGGGACAAGGGCUACGCGCGCAAGAUGACCGAGUGGGGCAGCGCACCGGUCGUCAAGCCGUUGGGCAAUCUAGCCGACCGCGAGGAACUGGCGGUCGCCAUGGCCAAACGCGGCUGGACGGCCGAGAGAAUGCGCAAGGUGCUGGGUCUCAAUUGGCUUAACUAUUAUAAGCGUAUAUGG